GAAAUUAUAUAAUUUCAUUGUCGGGCAUUUCCCUCCCUUUGAAAUUGCCGUUUGGGGAGAGAGAAAGUUCUACUGGAAAAAAACAAAGAAAAUGACGGAAAGUCAAGGAGACGGAGAGAAAAUGACUAAACAGUGGCGACGAGACCGAACCCUACUGACCUUCACCGGAGCUGCUGCUCUCGUUGCUCUCGCUGUUAACUUCGGAAUCACCGCCUUCAACUCUCACAAGCAAAAACGAAAGAAGCAAGAUCUUCAGGGCUGUAAGGUUCGUGUUAAUCUGUCGGCUUCUGAGAUUCUUAAGUUGGCGGACCAAAUCGUUAACAAGUCGAAGGAGGUUCACGAUGCAGUUGCUUCUGUUCCACUUGAUAAGGUGACAUAUACAAAUGCUAUUUGGCCUCUAGCAGAACUAGAGCUCCAGCAAUUUCCACUGGUCCAAUCUUGUGUUUUCCCCAAAUUGGUAUCCACUUCAGAAGAUGUUCGCAAAGCUAGUGCUGAAGCAGAAAGGAAACUUGAUGGCCAUGUUCAGAUAUGCAGUGAGCGCGAAGAUGUAUAUCGUGUUGUCAGAGCUUUUGCUUCUAGGGGGGAGUGGAUUAAUGCCGAAGUAAAGCACUAUACAGAGUGUUUGGUGAGAGACUUUGAAUGGAAUGGGUUAAACCUUACUUUAACCAAGAGGGAUGAAUUGCAGCGUUUGAAAGCACAAAUCGAUGGACUAAGCUUGCAAUAUAUUCAAAAUUUGAAUGAUGAUAAUACCUUUCUUCUCUUCCGUGAGGCUGAACUAGCUGGGUUACCAACUGAGUUCCUUAAGACCUUAAACAAAUCUGACAAUGGUAAAUUCAAAAUCUCCCUGAGAAGCCAUCAUGUUGCAGCAGUACUGGAACUUUGUAAGGUGGGAGCAACAAGGAGGAUGGUAGCUGUGGCAUAUGGGAAGAGGUGUGGAGAAGUGAAUCUUUCUCUCUUGGAAGAUUUGGUACAACUUCGUCAUAAAUUCGCUCGUUUACUUGGUUAUGCAAAUUAUGCUGACUAUGCUGUUGAUUUUAGAAUGGCAAAGACACCAUUAAAGGUAUUUGAGUUCUUGGAGGACAUUUCCAGCAGUUUGAGUGACUUGGCUUUUAAAGAACUUAAUAUGCUGAAGGACUUAAAGAAGAAAGAGGAAGGAGAGCAUUCAUUUGGAAUUGAGGAUCUACUGUACUACAUGAAGAAGGCUGAGGAGCAACAAUUCAAUUUGGACUUGGGGGUACUUAAGCAAUACUUUCCUGUCAAUUUGGUCUUAUCUGGGAUCUUCAAGAUAGUCCAAGACCUUUUUGGUUUAAGGUUUGAAGAAGUUGUAGAUGCUGAGGUUUGGAACUCUGAUGUCCGUGUGUUUUCAGUUCUUGACUCCAGUUCUGGUGAAGUCUUUGGAUAUUUCUACCUUGAUAUUUAUAGAAGGGAAGGAAAAUAUAAUCAUACCUGUGUGGUGGCUCUUCAGAAUGGUGGACUACUAUCCAACAAUGCACGUCAGAUACCUAUAGUGUUGCUGAUAUCUAACACGCAAAGAAAUGAGGGAGGUCAUUUUGGGUUGUUGCGAUUCUCUGAAGUGAUUAAUCUUUUUCAUGAGUUUGGCCAUGUGGUUCAACAUAUAUGCAAUCGUGCAUCUUUUGCUAGAUUUUCUGGCCUUGGCUAUGAUCCAGAUUUUGUUGAGGUCCCUGCACAGGUGCUAGAAAACUGGUGUUAUGAAGGUUUUUCUUUGAAGUUGAUAUCUGGCUUCAAUCAGGAUGUAACAAAGCCUGUCAAGGAUGAAAUAUGUAAAUCCCUUAAGAGACAGCGGCAUUCAUUUUCUGCACUUAAGUUGAAGCAAGAAAUUCUUUAUUGUCUUUUUGAUCAAAUUAUACAUUCUAAUGAGAAUGUUGACAUUGUUGAGCUGUUCAAGCAUCUUCAUCCAAAGGUCAUGUUAGGUUUGCCAAUGUUGGAAGGAACAAAUCCAGCUUCGCGUUUUACAUGCAGUGCUAUUGGUUAUGAAGCUGCUUGUUACAGUCGUAUUUGGAGUGAGGUUUUUGCUGCUGAUAUCUACGCUUCAAAGUUUCGUGAUGGCCUUUUGAACCAGUAUGUUGGAAUGCAGUUCAGGAACAAGGUUUUGGCUCCUGGAGGGGCAAAGGAACCUAUUGAAGUUUUAUCAGAUUUUCUUGGCAGAGAACCAUCAAUCCAAGCAUUUGUUGACAGCAAAGCCAAGCAUAGUUUGUAGCAAGGAAGUAACUUGUCUAAACUUCUUUCUUCACAACUAUCCUUUACUCUGCAAGAUUACUUUCUUGCUCAGCGUUUACAAAUUUUCGUUGCCGGUGGGCGUAUUUCACUUUUGUACCAUAAGUGCAUGAAAAAAAGGUUAGGGUUUCCAUGCACUUAUGGUUGUGCUGUGUUUUUAUUUGUUGAUAUCAGUGUUGUAUUCUUAGGUUUUCUUCUUUUUUUUUUUUUUUUUUUUUGGGAAUAGCAAUGAAUUCUUAAUUAGUUAGGGUAGCUUCGAAAAUUAGGCUGCCUUAAUGGGGACAUCACAUUUUUGGUAGCCCACAUUUUUUUAUUUUUUUUGGUAUUUAUAUGAUAUAUCUGGUCUUCAAGCAUGGAAUCAAUCACUUGGCAUAUUCAUGUAAAUUUAUUAUUAUAUUAUUAAUAUUCGUUUCAUC